UUGAUGCCUGCAAGCCUCUUAAAGGUGCAGGUGCUGUUACAGCGUGGCUGUGUCCUGAGCGCUAGGUAUUGUCACUGGGGGACCAAGUGUGGCUGUGCCACCACUCCGCACCGUGCCGGAGCACAGGGCAACGAUGAAACAUGCAGAGCAUGACACAGAGGAGAGUGACCCUGUGGGGGGAGCAGAUCGACAAUGGGAAUGCGAGGUUGCCUGGCAGGAUGAUGGAGGGGACCGGGAAAGCAUCUGUGAAAGCUUCCGGCUCCUGCAGAUUGACACAGGCUGUGACAGCCCCAAGGACCUUCCUGUGGGGAGCGAAAAGUGGUACUCGAGGAAUGUUUUGAGGAAACAGAGGCAUUGGGAGAAAAUAGUUACGGCGAAGAAGAAGAAGAGAAAACAGGAAAAAGAGAGGAGAAAAGCUAAACAUGCUGAAGAUAAAGGUGCUGCUCACCAGCACAGCAAACGGGUUUUAAAAGCCAUCACCAAGGAGCGGCUUCUGGCGGCCAAAGAGGCAGCCCCCUGGCUAUGUGUAGACCUGAGUAUGACCAGCCACAUGACGAAGAAGGAAAUAAGUCGCCUUGCCGCUCAGAUAAGGAGGCUGUAUGGUUCCAACAAGAAAGCUGGAAAGCCGUUUUGGAUUUGCCUUACUGGAUUUGUGGCCGGCAGUCCUAUUUCUGAAGAGUGCUUCCGAAUGAACGAUGGGUUUUCCAAUUACCUCAUAGAUACCACUCCAGAAAGUUACCUUGACCUAUUUCCUUUGGAGACAAUUGUCUACCUCACUCCUGACUCAGAGAAUGCUCUGCAGGACAUUGACCCCCACAGAGUGUACGUCCUCGGCGGGCUCGUGGAUGAAAGCAUUCAGAAGAAACUGACCUUGCAGAAGGCACAGGAGCACUCCUUGCAGACCGCUCGGCUGCCCAUUGCAGAGUACAUGGUGAAGAACGCCAACGUGAAGAACUACCAUUCAGAGACGUUAGCAAUCAAUCAAGUCUUUGAUGCCUUAUCAACUUACUAUGAGACCCAGAGCUGGCCAGAAGCGUUGAAAGCUGGAGUUCCUCCUGGAAAAGGCUACGUUCUCCAGGAAACAGCUCUAUGAUGGAAAAUGCAUCUGCUUAGCAACACGCAAGAAGACUCUUUAUUCUGUGAUGUUAAUGUGCACGGCCAAAGGAAGCAAACUCCUCCCUCGUUAUUUCAACCAGCGGCAUCAGCGUAGCUUGUGUACAGAGAAAUGUGGCUCACCUGACAUAAGGAGCUCAUCAGUUUCAUACAUUCUACCUCUUUGGUGUAUUGCUGGAAAACAAGGGUCAGCCCUGGGCUUCAAAUACAGACCAACUGGAACGUG